AGGGAGGGAGGGAGGAGGCUGUCAUGGAGCUGUGCGAGAUCCUCUACAACAAGGCGGAGUACAUCGAGACGGCCUCUGGUAACAAGGUGAGCAGGCAAUCUGUGCUGUGUGGGAGCCAGAACAUAGUACUAAAUGGAAAGACCAUUGUGAUGAAUGAUUGCAUAAUCCGUGGAGACCUGGCAAAUGUGAGAGUUGGACGACACUGUGUCAUCAAGAGCCGAAGUGUCAUAAGGCCACCUUUUAAGAAAUUCAGCAAAGGAGUUGCCUUUUUCCCACUGCACAUUGGUGACCAUGUGUUCAUUGAGGAAGACUGUGUGGUAAACGCUGCCCAGAUUGGAUCUUAUGUUCACAUAGGAAAGAACUGUGUGAUUGGUCGGAGGUGUGUUCUGAAAGAUUGCUGCAAGAUUCUGGAUAAUACUGUCCUUCCUCCAGAAACCGUGGUCCCUCCUUUCACUGUCUUCUCUGGCUGCCCAGGUCUUUUUACUGGUGAACUCCCAGAGUGCACACAGGAGCUCAUGAUUGAUGUUACAAAAAGUUACUACCAGAAGUUUCUGCCGCUUUCUCAGAUUUGAGAUGGGCCUUUUCUCUACAGCACCAUGAAGACAGUAUCUACUUUACUGGGGACCUGGAAUUGAAUAGCUGGACAAAGUUUGAACACUGCCUGGGCACUCCCAGGUCAUGAAGUGACUCUGGCAAAGGGAAACCUUGGUGUCGUAAAUGGUUCUGUUUCUUUAGGCCCAGUGAAGACCGGCUGCUCCUCCACAGCUACACUUAAGACGAUGGUGUGCGAUCUUCACUUCAUAAUUUAAUAUUUUUAUUGGCUCUGCUCAGUGCCAGAAAAACAAAUUGGGCUUGAUAUAUGCUGUAAUUAUUUAUGAAAUUAUUUUGGGACUGAGAUGUUAAGUCAUCAGGCUACCUGUGUAUUCUAACUCGGUUUGUUGCAUUAAUCCUGUCCCCAUUAGGAAAGAUUUUCCAUUGUGGCUCAGUGUAAGCAGUUGUGUUAUUUCUCAAAAGAAUGACGCUGACUUUUCUUUACUGUUUGUGUAAAGUCUUAUCAACCUUUGCACAAUUCUUGACUGACUGAUCAUAAAUAUCACCUGAGAACCAUGAUGAUCCCGGAUGAGUAACUGGGGUUGCAGGUUGCCCCUGUACAUACAUGCA